CAUUUUUUUAUUCAUACCCCCAUUUAUAAGAGACUACUAUAUCAAUGGAAGUAUACUGGAGGAAGUAGAUAGAUAAAAUCCACGUCUUUCGAGAAUGGGUUUGUCGCUGAGAAUGUGGAUUGUGAGUAUACUAGUACUUACACAGCUAGUUCAUGGAGCUCUGUGUUGGGGAGAUGAUGGUCAUUACUCUGUCUGCAAAAUAGCUCAGGGUUAUUUUGAGGAAGAUACAGUAGUUGCAGUGAAGAAACUUCUGCCUGAUUAUGCAGAUGGUGAGCUAGCAGCUGUUUGCUCAUGGCCUGAUGAAAUCAAAAAGCUACCUCAAUGGCGAUGGACUAGUGCUUUGCAUUUUGCUGACACACCUGAUUACAAAUGCAACUAUGAGUAUUCUCGGGACUGCCCUAAAGACUGGUGUGUUACAGGAGCAAUCUUCAAUUACACAAACCAACUAAUGUCUGCCUCUGUAAACUCUCAGAGUAUAGUCCACUAUAACUUGACAGAGGCUCUCAUGUUCUUAUCACAUUAUAUGGGAGAUAUCCAUCAGCCUUUACAUGAAGGUUUUAUUGGAGAUCUAGGUGGUAACAAAAUAAAAGUCCACUGGUACAACCAGGAAACUAAUUUACACCGUGUGUGGGAUGACAUGAUAAUUGAGUCUGCUCUUGUAACAUACUACAAUUCAAGCCUUCCACGCAUGAUACAUGCCCUUCAAACCAAACUCAAGAACGGCUGGUCAAAUGAUGUUCCUGCGUGGGCAUCAUGUCAAUUUAACCAAGCGACCUGCCCAAAUCUGUAUGCUUCUGAAAGCAUUGAUCUUGCCUGCAAGUAUGCUUACAGGAACGCCACCGCAGGGACUAAUUUAGGAGAUUACUAUUUCGUCUCUCGGUUACCCGUUGUAGAGAAGAGGCUUGCACAAGGCGGAAUCCGCCUGGCGGCGACUCUUAACCGAAUCUUUUCUGCAAAACCGAAGCUUGCUCGAGCAUGAUCAUGAAGAAAGAUCUAGGAUCUUCAUUUAAACAUCCAAGAACACUCUUUUUGUUAUAACAAACGUAAUGGUAGUUUACGUUGCCGUUGUCCCUGAGUUAAUUAUAACUAUGAUAAUUAUGAAACUAAAACUGUCAAACUAAAUUAAACUAUGGAAUUAAGGGUGGACUUGAAGAA